AUGCGCGACGUUCAUGUUGUUGUUUGUGGCGGUAAGAUGGCGGCGCUCGGAGACACCUCGGCUCCGGGGGUGAAUGGGUUAAUACAACAAUUCACAGCAAUAACAGGGGCUACAGAGAGUGUAGGGAAGCAUAUGUUGGAAGCAUGCAACAACAAUCUGGAAAUGGCAGUGACCAUGUUUCUGGAUGGAGGCGUGGUGGCGGAGGAGCCCAGCACAAGCUCUGGUUCGGCAGCGUCCAGCAGCAGGGUUCCGCCUUCAGACGAAGUACGAGCGCCCAUUCCCCAAAAGCAGGACAUACUAGUGGAGCCGGAGCCGCUUUUUGGAGUGCCAAAACGGAGGAGGCCGGCUCGAUCCAUAUUUGAUGGCUUUAGAGACUUCCAGACGGAAACAAUCCGCCAAGAACAGGAGCUGCGGAACGGUGGAACGGUAGACAAGAAACUUAGUACUCUAGCAGACCUUUUCCGUCCUCCCAUUGAGCUGAUGCACAAAGGCAGCUUUGAAACGGCGAAAGAAUGUGGCCAACUGGAGAACAAGUGGUUGAUGAUCAACAUUCAGAAUGUCCAAGACUUUGCUUGCCAGUGCCUGAACAGAGACGUGUGGAGUAACGAUGCCGUGAAGAACAUCAUCAGAGAACACUUUAUUUUCUGGCAGGUAUAUCACGACAGUGAAGAGGGAGAACGAUACAUCCAGUUCUAUAAACUCAACAAAUUUCCAUAUAUUUCCAUUCUAGAUCCACGCACCGGUCAAAAAAUGGUGGAGUGGAACGAGCUGGACGUGGCGUCCUUCCUGGAGCAGGCCACUGGCUUUUUGGCAGAACACGGGCAGUUGGAUGGGCCAUCUUGCCCUGCCCCGCCGGCCAAACGGGCUCGCUCUGAGAGCCUGAUCGAUGCCAGCGAAGACAGUCAGCUGGAGGCAGCAAUCCGAGCCUCGCUACAGGAAACCCACUACGAGUCCUCCAAUGUCCCCGAUGUCCCCGCCUCACCCAAGUCUGAGGACGACUCUGACGCUGAGCCUUUCACGGACAGUGAGGGACCUAUCUCAGUCGAUGGUUCUGACGGCGAAAUGCCGGAACUCCUGAAAGAGAAAGCUUACACCGGCAAACACCCCACAACGGCCGAGCCCGCCCUACCCCAUCUUCAUCCUGAUAGCACAUCUUCUUGUCACCGGAAAUCGCCGUUCAAAGAAAACAACCACAGUCACAAAAAAGAGGAGAGCAAAAAGAACCACCUGGAGCCCUUGCUCACAAGACCACGUCAGCCUCAUUCGGACGCAGGGAACUCGUGUACGGCGGUAGCAGACAGCGCGGGUCCCUCCAAGACCUGUGACGAUGACUGUCCUGAAGAUAAUGGCCCCAAAGCAAGAUUGAUGCUUCGUUACCCAGAUGGACAUAGAGAGCAAAUAUCCUUGUCGUCUCAAGCAAAACUUAUGGCACUGGUGAGACACGUCCAGUCCAAAGGUUACCCCAACGAACGCUUCGAACUCGUAACCAACUUCCCUCGACGGAAGCUCACCCACUUGGACUAUGACAUCACGCUGCAGGAGGCGGGGCUUUGUCCGCAGGAAACUGUAUUUGUGCAGGAGAGGAACUAA